AACAUGCACAAUCAUCACAGUUUUAAUCAUCGGGGUUAAGGUUAUGUAUUGCUUAAACGAAAAAAUUGCAAUUUUCGUUUUGGUUAUUUUCUUGGUCAACAGUCAUCUGGUAUUAGCACAUGGAUCAGAUGCACGUUGUAUAAGUGAAGGCGGAACAUGCCAAAACAUAGCCAGAAAUUGCUUUGGAAACUACAUAAGUAAUUUAUGUGACGGACCACGUGAAAGGAUGUGCUGUGUUGGUUCAUGGGUGACUUUACAUGCACCUCUGAUAGCGACUGUCUUUUGACUGGUUAUCAUUGCUGCACGGGAUCUAUUUACUGUUGUCCGGACGGGUACGUCUGCACCGGGGGCGCCACCUGCAUAAGUAUUGGGGUUAUUGUGGGCCCUAUCGUUGGAGGUGUUGUCCUGAUCGUCAGCUGUAUUGUCGGUUGUAUAUGCUACAAUCGAAGAAGACGACUGCCUCCUCCAACAGUUUAUGCACAACAAGCACCUACAACUGUGGCGUACGGACAACAAGCUUACGGACAACCUCAAGCUUAUGGCCAACAAAAUUACAAAUAAUUUUGAAACAUAUAAGUCAACUGGUGUAUAAUCAUGUAUAAUUGAGCAAUUCACAUUCUAUUCUUUUAUCACAAGGUACUAAGAAGUUUACCGAUGUAAUCAUAUAUUCAUUGAAAUAUUUCAUGGAGACGCUAAUCCUUUGAACCAUGCUACAGUUAUAUAUGUGAG